CGCUCACAACAACAAACGGCUCUUCUAUUUGUUGUAGUUACGUGGAAGGCCUUCCUCCUCUAAAUUUACUCGUUAAUAGAUUUCUGCUUUGUCCUCGCAAAUCCGAAAAAUACAGAAAAAUGCGUGAAUGCAUCUCAGUCCAUGUUGGUCAGGCCGGCAUCCAGAUUGGUAAUGCCUGCUGGGAGCUGUAUUGCCUGGAACAUGGCAUCCAGCCAGAUGGUCUGAUGCCGAGUGACAAGACAGUGGGAAGAGGAGACGACUCCUUCAACACUUUCUUCAGUGAGACCGGUUCUGGAAAGCAUGUUCCCCGGGCCGUGUUUGUGGACCUGGAGCCCACUGUCAUUGAUGAGGUGCGCUCUGGGACCUACCACCAGCUAUUUCACCCUGAGCAGUUGAUUAAUGGUAAGGAGGACGCUGCAAACAAUUACGCUCGUGGGCACUACACCAUCGGAAAGGAGAUCAUCGAUCCUGUUUUGGAUAGACUUCGCAAACUGGCUGACCAGUGUAAUGGUCUUCAGGGCUUCCUGGUUUUCCACAGCUUUGGUGGAGGCACUGGCUCUGGUUUCACCUCCCUUCUGAUGGAGCGCCUGUCUGUCGACUACGGCAAGAAAUCCAAGCUGGAGUUCUCCAUCUACCCGGCCCCACAGGUGUCCACAGCCGUGGUGGAGCCAUACAACUCCAUCCUGACCACCCACACCACCCUGGAGCACUCGGACUGCGCCUUCAUGGUGGACAACGAGGCUAUCUACGAUAUCUGCUGUCGGAACCUGGACAUCGAGCGCCCCACCUACACCAACCUGAACAGACUGAUGAGUCAGAUCGUGUCCUCCAUCACGGCUUCUCUUCGUUUCGAUGGUGCGCUCAACGUGGAUUUGGCCGAGUUCCAGACCAACUUGGUGCCUUAUCCACGUAUUCACUUCCCUCUGGCCACUUACGCUCCUGUCAUCUCUGCCGAGAAGGCUUACCAUGAACAGAUGACCGUAUCUGAAAUCACGAACGCUUGCUUUGAGCCAGCCAAUCAGAUGGUGAAAUGCGACCCUCGCCACGGCAAGUACAUGGCCUGCUGCCUUCUGUACCGUGGAGAUGUGGUGCCCAAAGAUGUCAACGCUGCCAUUGCCAACAUCAAAACUAAACGUGGGAUCCAGUUUGUGGACUGGUGCCCCACUGGUUUCAAGGUGGGCAUCAACUACCAGCCUCCCACUGUGGUUCCUGGUGGAGAUAUAGCCAAGGUCCAGAGGGCUGUGUGCAUGUUGAGCAACACCACGGCCAUUGCAGAGGCCUGGGCUCGGCUCGACCACAAGUUUGAUCUGAUGUACGCCAAGCGUGCCUUCGUUCAUUGGUAUGUGGGUGAGGGCAUGGAGGAGGGAGAGUUCUCCGAGGCCAGGGAGGACAUGGCUGCACUGGAGAAGGAUUAUGAAGAGGUUGGAACUGAUUCUAUUGAAGGGGAGGUGGGAAGAGGAGACGACUCCUUCAACACUUUCUUCAGUGAGACCGGUUCUGGAAAGCAUGUCCCCCGGGCCGUGUAUGUGGACCUGGAGCCCACUGUCAUUGAUGAGGUACGCACUGGGACCUACCACCAGCUAUUUCACCCUGAGCAGCUGAUUAGUGGUAAGGAGGACGCUGCCAACAAUUACGCUCGUGGGCACUACACCAUCGGAAAGGAGAUCAUCGAUCCUGUUUUGGAUAGGAUUCGCAAACUGGCUGACCAGUGUAAUGGUCUUCAGGGCUUCCUGGUUUUCCACAGCUUUGGUGGAGGCACUGGCUCUGGUUUCACCUCCCUGCUGAUGGAGCGCCUGUCUGUCGACUACGGCAAGAAAUCCAAGCUGGAGUUCUCCGUCUACCCGGCUCCGCAGGUGUCCACAGCCGUGGUGGAGCCAUACAACUCCAUCCUGACCACCCACACCACCCUGGAGCACUCAGACUGCGCCUUCAUGGUGGACAACGAGGCCAUAUACGAUAUCUGCUGUCGGAACCUGGACAUCGAGCGCCCCACCUACACCAACCUGAACAGACUGAUGAGUCAGAUCGUGUCCUCCAUCACGGCUUCUCUUCGUUUCGAUGGUGCGCUCAACGUGGAUCUGACCGAGUUCCAGACCAACUUGGUGCCUUAUCCACGUAUCCACUUCCCUCUGGUCACCUAUGCCCCUGUCAUCUCUGCCGAGAAGGCUUACCACGAGCAGCUGACCGUAGCUGAAAUCACCAACGCUUGCUUUGAGCCAGCCAAUCAGAUGGUGAAAUGCGACCCUCGCCACGGCAAGUACAUGGCCUGCUGCCUUCUGUACCGUGGAGAUGUGGUGCCCAAAGAUGUCAACGCUGCCAUUGCCAACAUCAAAACCAAGCGCACCAUCCAGUUUGUGGACUGGUGCCCCACUGGUUUCAAGGUGGGCAUCAACUACCAGCCUCCCACUGUGGUUCCUGGUGGAGACAUGGCCAAGGUCCAGAGGGCUGUGUGCAUGUUGAGCAACACCACGGCCAUUGCAGAGGCCUGGGCUCGGCUCGACCACAAGUUUGAUCUGAUGUACGCCAAGCGUGCCUUCGUUCAUUGGUAUGUGGGUGAGGGCAUGGAGGAGGGAGAGUUCUCCGAGGCCAGGGAGGACAUGGCUGCACUGGAGAAGGAUUAUGAAGAGGUUGGAACUGAUUCUAUUGAAGGGGAGGGUGAGGAAGAAGGAGGGGAAUAUUGAAAUGGCCUCCUGAUACAA